AUGGCGCUAGAUGAUAAGUCCGAGGAUCAACAAAGUUACAUUCCAUCCUGUGGAGAACAUGAAUAUGUGACCAAAUUUGAUGGAAAUCCAUCCAACAGCAUCACCACAGUGCUGACCAUGUCCACCAUCAUCACUGGAGUCAAUGCGUCUAUGCCCCGGGUGUCCUACAUCAAGGCAGUAGACAUUUACCUCUGGGUCAGCUUCGUCUUUGUUUUCUUGUCCGUGUUGGAGUAUGCCGCCGUCAACUACCUGUCGACCGUCCAGGACCGCCGGGAGCGCAAGAUGAGAGAGCGGGCACGAUCGCAGUCCCUGCCCUGCACUUGCGGGAUCUCCCAGACGCGAACUAUGACCAUGUUAGAUGGCACCUACAGCGAGGCUGACACCAACAGCCUGGCCGGCUACACCGAGGAGCCCAUGGUACCGGAGGAGGAGCAGGAAGAGCUGCACGAGGUUCUAGAGAAACCUGAACACAUGGUGGUCCAUCUGUCUGUGAGCAGUGAGUCCACUACCACCAAGAAGAAGAAGAGCCUGCGUGCAAUCAACAUCAUCCAGAACACGCAUGCAAUUGACAAAUACUCCCGGAUGAUUUUCCCUGGUUCGUACAUCUUUUUCAACCUUAUCUACUGGUCCGUCUACUGCUGAAAGACACUCCUGAAUCCAGACUGAGACCAGAGAGAUUAACGCACAGGCAGUAUCAAUGCUGCAUCAGAAUGGGACACUUCUGGACUAAUUCUAAGAGGGCUGCUGUUCUGUAUCUCUGUUGAUGAUAGAUCUUUAGGUUUAAGCCUUGGACAGUUACAGAGCCUGAAAAGAUUCAUUGUUUUGAAAAGUUUGGAAAAGUUCAGCAUUGAGACUUUGUGACUGACUCCUUUUUCAUUUUUUUCCUCAUGCAGCAAUUUGAAUGUUCAUUAACACUCGAAACUAAAACAAAGAAAAGAAUCAUUUGACUGUCAACUGCUGUUAAAAUGCUCUUUGUCAUCAUUACUGUUGUUCCUGAGAUGAACAGCAGUUUAUUGAAAGAAAAAGUAAAUGUUUGUAUUUGACUUGUAGCAUUGAUGGAUAGGGAUAUGGGAUGCUUUGCGUGUGUUCAUGCUGUGAUCCACUCAGUUGAUAGGUUUCUGUCUUUAUAUCAUUUGUAAUGAUAAAGCUGAAAAUCAUCAUGAUCAUAAAUUUUUAAGGCCCAUUUUCUAUCAGUCAUGACUUAUAAACAGUGAUGAUGGAGGUAACAAACUUGCCCAUAUUUUAAGCCUGUUAUCUAAAAAAAAACAAGAUAUUAUAACUCAAUCAACAAUACUAAGUGUGUACAUGUCAGCAGCUCUUUAAGGCUGUGUUUAGUGGUGCUUUGAGCUAAAUGCUAAUUCCAGCACGCAAACACGCUCAUGUUAACAUGCUGGUGAUGUUAAGCACUCAAUGUUUACCUUGUUCACCUAGCUUAGCAUGCAAACAUUUGUUAGUAAAUGUUAGACUGAUGGAAAUAUCAUCAGUUUUUAUAAACCAGAGUACUGCUGUGGAGACAUUUUGCUCAACUGAGACAAUUUACUGAACCAAAAGUGAACUAAAAGGUUAGGGGAUAAAC